AUGGAUAAAUACGUGACUGGGUUGAAAAGAAAAUUUAAUGAAGCAGAAGAAGAGGGUGGUGAAAAUAAUGGAAAUGUUUCUUCACAAAAUAGUAAAACUAAACAUAGAAAAUAUGAUCCAAUGUACUUAUCAUUGGGAUUUACGUAUAAGAUCAUUAAUGGUCAAGAACGACCAAUGUGUUUGCUGUGUAUGAAUACUUUGGCCUCAGAUAGCAUGAAACCAAGUAAAUUAAAACGACAUCUGGAAAAAGUGCACGCCGAUCAUGUUGGCAAAACAAAAGAAUUUUUCCAAAGAAAAUUAGAUAACUUAAAUAAACAGAAAGAAUCGUUUUCAAAAGCUUUGUCUGUAUCACAAAAAGCGUUACUUGCGUCAUACAAAGUUUCGUAUAGAAUUGCUAAAUGCAAAAAACCCCAUUCAAUAGGAGAAACUUUAGUACUACCAGCAGCUAUUGACAUAAUAGCUACGAUGUUUGGUGAAUCAUAUGCUGAUCAAAUUAAAAGCAUUCCGCUGGCAGAUAAUACGGUGGGAAGACGGAUAUCAGAUAUAUCUGAUGAUCUUUGCGAUCAGUUGAUAGAAAAAAUUAAAUUAUCUUCUUUCGCGUUGCAAGUAGAUGAGGCUACCGAUGUUGCUAAGGAUGCACACUUAAUAACAUAUAUAAGAUAUGUUAUGGAAAAUGAUAUUAGAGAAGAGUUGUUAUUCUGUAAGGCAAUUGAAGGCAAAGCUACGGCGAGUGAAAUUUUUAAUAUGAUUGAUAACUUUUUUAUUGAAAAUGGUAUUUUAUGGGAGAACUGUGUUGGACUGUGCACUGAUGGAGCUCCAUCUAUGGCAGGAAAAAAUGCUGGUCUGCAGGCCCUAGUUCGAAAAGUGGCUCCUCGUGCAGUUUGGACGCAUUGUAUGAUUCAUAGGCAAUCUCUUGUUGCAAGAAAUAUGGGUGAAGAAUUACUUGAAGUAUUUGAAAUUAUAAUAAAAGUUGUUAAUUUUAUCAAAAAUAGUCCAUUAAGAGAAAGGCUUUUUGGAAAAUUGUGUGAUGACAUGGGCUCAGAAUACAAAGCACUACUUUAUUAUUGUGAAGCACGUUGGCUUUCUCGUGCUAAAGUACUUCAAAGGGUGUUUGAGCUCAAAAAAGAAAUUGCCAUUUUUCUUGCUGAUAAUAAAGAGAUGAAGCAGACAUAUUUUAUGACACGAAGUUUCUCGCAAAAUUUGCGUAUCUAG